CGUAUUCUUGUUCAAAACAAGGGAAAAAAGGUUUUGAUAAAAGGCGUGAGCAUGUAGCCUUUGAAAGACCGAUUUUAAGAGUAGGUUGCUUAGCACGUAUGACCUGCCAAUUAAAAAAUGAUGGCAUGCUCGAGAUUGUUUCUUUUGAAGAAAAUCAUAACCAUGAUCUAGCCCCCACUCCGAUGAAGCAUAUGUUGAGGUCCAAUAGGAAGAUAAGUUAUGCUCAGAAAGCUAUUGCAGAUGAUGCUGAGAAAGCGGGAUUAUCAAUCAAGAAAACUAUUGAUUUACUAGCAGCGCAGAAUGGAGGUCGUGAACACAAUGGUUUUCUGGAUAAAGACUAUCAAAAUUAUAUUGGUACAAAGAGAAAGGCUACAAUGAUUAAAGGAGAUGGCCAGGCAAUCAUGGAUUAUUUUCGUAAAGCACAAGCAGAGGACCCAUCAUUCUUUUACUUGGUGCAACUUGAUGAUGAUGAUCUUAUCAUGAAUAUGUUCUGGGCGGAUGGCAGGUCAAUAAUCGAUUACAAGUACUUUGGUGAUGUUGUAUGUUUUGAUACAACUUACAGAACCAAUGAAUAUGGUCGGCCUUUUGCUCCAUUUGUUGGAGUUAAUCACUUGAAGCAUACAGUAAUCUUCGGAGCAGCAUUACUUUAUGAUGAGACAAUCACAUCUUUCAAGUGGUUGUUUGAAACAUUCUUGACUGCAAUGGCUGGAAACCAACCCAAAACCAUAUUAACAGAUCAAUCAGCUGCUAUGGCCAAAGCCAUUGAAGAGGUAUUUACUGAAUCCCAUCAUCGUUUAUGCAUCUGGCAUAUUUAUCAAAAUGCUGCUAAACACUUGAGUCAUGUGUUCAAUGCAUCCGACCAAUUUGCUAAGGAUUUUAGUGCAUGUGUAUAUGACUAUGAAGAUGAAGAGGAGUGGUAUAAAGGUUGGGAUGAUAUGCUUACCAAGUAUAAUUUGAGAAAUAAUGAAUGGUUGGAGGGGAUAUUCUCAAUGAGAGAAAAGUGGGCUAUGGUGUAUGGGCGUCACAUGUUUACAGCUGAUAUGAUGAGCACUCAGCGUAGUGAAUCGAUCAAUAGUGUGUUGAAGAAGUAUUUGAAGCCAAAACACAAUAUGACAUACUUUUUUGAUCAUUAUGCUCGGUUGGUAGAAGAUAGAAGGUAUCAGGAACUACUUGCAGAGUUCAAAAUGAGGGACACCAUCCAAGUGUUACAAGCAAAUGUUGAGAUGUUAAGACAAGCUUCAAAGGUGUAUACUCCUAAAGUAUUUAAAAUGUUCCAAGAAGAGUUUGUCAAAGUUUUGGACUAUACUAUUGAUAAGAUCAACAAAAACGAAGUCCGGGUAGAAUAUAAAGUGAGAUAUGCAGGUAGAGGCACUGAGCACUUUGUCCAGUUUGAGUCAUCGUCUCAAGCAGUUGAUUGCAGUUGCAAGAAGUUUGAGUUUGUGGGAAUUCUAUGUACUCAUGCUUUGAAGGUUCUAGACAAGAAAAAUAUAAAGCAAAUCCCAAGACGAUAUAUAUUAAAGAGAUGGACAAAGGAUGCAAAGGAUGGAGACCUAAGAAGUUCAGUUCGAGUGCAAGGAAGUUCUGAGAAACUUAUUGGGAAACGUUACUGCAAUCUACAUUAUAAUUUUCGAGAGAUAUCUACAUUGGCAGCUGAGAAUGACGCAAUGUAUGAGCAUGCAAGUGAAGUUUUUUCAAAUUUGCUAAAGGAUUUGCAGGGAAUGAGAAAAUGUUCAGAUGUUGGAACUUCUCCUGAGGAACUGUGCUCCAAUCACGAAGAAGACCAUCGAGUUGUAGCUGGAGUUAAAACAAAAGCGACGGUAGGGCGACCAAAAGGGAGGAUCAAAGGUGCAUUAGAGCUCCGAAAAAGUCACAAAGUUCAAUCAAAACCACAGGGUAAGAAGCAGAAAACUAAUUGUUCUCAACAAGCUGCUGGAAGCAAAACUGAAUUGCAAAUUCAAAAUUAUCAGGUGGAACAUGAGUCUCAAAGUUCAAUUAUUAGUCCACCAGGAGAGAACUUGGAUUCUACAAUUUGGUUGAACAAUAUAUCAUAUACACAAUUGCUACAGGAUGCAAUGAACUCUCCUUUCAAUAAUCCGCAAGAGUGACAACCAUUGUUCUUCUAUAAAUAUCUCACGUAGAAUAAAGUGACAUUAAGUUUUUUCCAUUUUCGUUAUGUUUCAAUACAGUAGUUGUUUAGACUUACAUUCAUUAUUUAGUGGGGAUCUAUGAUGUAUCUAAAUAUUUUUAUCUGGUACCGUUCACCUAGAACAAUUUAGUUUCCUAUGUCAGACAAUUUUUUGGAACUUUAAAUUCUUAUCUAUUCCAAAAUCUUGUACGAGAGCAAAGCUAAGAAUACAGAUGCUGCUUUUCGGGUGACGUGUGACUACCGGUGCUUGCUGCUAGUGCUAGGACAGCGACUGAGGCCAUCAUUCUAGCUUUUGCUUUUCUUUUUUUUUUGACAGGAAGCUUUUGCAUACUACUGCUUCGGUUGCAUCAUGCAUGCGAGUAGUAAAAGUACUAAAAGAUGGUGAAUUGAUGUGUUUAUGUCAGGCUAGGGAAUGGCAGAUAGAGCCAAAAUUUUAUGGAUGGGAGGGGAUGUCAUGGGUUGAUGACGGCUCCGUUACCUCUCUCCCAAACCUAAACUAAUUGACAUCACAUUUAAUAAAAAAAAAAAAAACUGAUAACCAAUAACGGGCAGACAUGUGGAGGGGUAGCAGCUAUUGGCUGCAUACUGGGAUGCUGCUAAGUUUUUCCCUUUUUCAAAAAGGUUAUAUAUUUGUCACAAACUAAAUAGUUAUGGCUAUAAAAGUGUAUUAACUAUUAAGCCUAUUCUUGUCAAUGGUUUGAAUUUCACAGUGUUGAAAGUGCAACUAAUUACCUUAUGAAUAGGCGUCUUUCCUUUUAAAUAAAAGAAACAUCGACAAAAACAACACCCAACACAACAAAAAAAGUUAAUGCCUUCUCAUGCAUAGUUAUAGUUGGCUUUGCUUUAAGUAAAAGAAACAAUGGAAAAAAAAAAGAACACGCAAAAUGACCUCAUGGACUAAUGGGAAAAGGAAGAUCAGAAGUAAAGGACAUCCCAACUCCAAGCAAAUAACAUUGUAGUUUCCAGUUAGAACCUAUAGAUUUGUGGUAACAAUCACCAUAAUUUUGCAAGCAAAGUUUCCUUCUUUCAGGUGCAGGUGCAACUCCAGUUUAGCAAAAUAGAGACAGCAUGAAAUCAUAUCUAAAGCAACCUAGCAAACCCACAAUGCAAAUUCUAAAACAAAUUUAUUUCAGGUAAACCAAAUCAAUGAACAACACAGGAAAUCCAAUGGAAGAAACUCAUUUAAUUCCACAUUUGAAGAAGAUGAAGAAGAACCAUACAGAAACACCACAAAUCAAAUAGAGAGCCAUUGCAUAUCAAGAAAUUGGAAUCUAUACCACUGUUAACUGUAGACCUAAAAGUCCUUCAUAUCCUCAUAGAUAAGUCUUCAUCAUCUGGCCAGAUUGAAACUUACAUUUACACCAAACACGGAAAUGAAACUCUACAGGAAACAUGAACCACAACAAAAUCUUACGAUUCAGUCCAAAACUUGUAGAAAAGAAGAAUCUAUAAAUUAAAAAGGAGAAAGCAGUCGUUCAUAAGAAUCCUUUACAAUGCUUUAUGCAUAUGUAAUCAAUCAGUUGCACCACUAUCUAACCGUACAACAAUAACACAUAGAGGAACACUUGCAACACACCAAGUUUCCUGAUAAAAUUAGUAGGUGGAAAUUGGCAGAAAUGAGAAGUUCACCUCAUCUACAAAUACAACACAUUAUUGUUACACAAACAUAACAUAAUUUGGUAUAUAAAAAGAUAGGUGGAAAAGGUAAAACGCUAGAAUGAGUGGUUAUAACAUCAACUAGAAUGCAUGGUUGUGCACCACAAGGUAAGAGGUUCACCCCUCUUAGCCAUCAACCACGAAGAAACCGAAGCCACCUAGAUGAGAAGAAGUACAAGUCACAAGAGAAGAACCAUGACGUCAAAUCGAGGAGCAACCACAACAAACACAACAAAGCAACCAACAAAGACGAUUAUGGACUAUGAUGGACCAUCGUCGCAAGAAGAAACUUUCAAAGUACAACUACCAUAUGUUCGUUUGUUAUGCUACCGCUUUACUAUAUUGAGUUCUUGGGGGGGGGGGGGGGGGGAGGAUUUCUAUUGUAGAUUGCUGUGAUGGAAGUGAUGAAUAUGGAAGCGGAGUCAACUGCCACAACACAUGCAUCAGGGGGUGAGUAAGCUUGGAGUACAAGUCUAGAAAGUGGAAACUAUCUCUCCUACCUCGAUGCUAAAACAACCAAAGAUGCAAAAUCAAAAGAAUGGACUCACAGUGGUGGUUUGGAGGAACUAUUGCUAGAAGUUGCAUGUAACCUAAUAUGUGAGCAAUACAGUGUUGGUUAGUGGCAGUGCAGCAGUGACGCUUGCAGUUGAAGUAGCAUAAUGUAAAACAUGGCUACAUUUGGUAAAAUCCCUUUUCAGGGUUGAAGAUGUUACUACUCUUGCAAGGGUUUCUGGUUGCUUCGGUGGUGAUCUUGAAUUUAUUAAAGAGGCGCAUUAAAGCUAAGAAAAUGGGUCAUGAACGAUAUGUUGCUUCCCUUUCUUUUUGGCAAAACUAUAUUCUGCAACUACGUACCUCUCUCACGUUUACUCCAUUUAUCCAUAGGAAUUCCUAUGCAUUGUCCUAUGCAAUUAUUGAAGGUUAGUUAAAGUUGAAAAAUGAGAACUUGGACAAAGCCAUUGGUGGUAGGCAGUAGAGUAGCACAACAUAAAUGGCUGAGAAGACUUUAAAAACUGAACGACUAAACAUCGCCCUAGUUUUAUUAUUAUCUUUUUUUUUGUCAAAAGAUAUCAUGUAUUGAUCAAAAAAUAGAUAGUUACACCCUGGAAACCAGCCAGGACUGGAAAUCAAAAAAACGACUCAUAGUCGGAAACAAAGAAAGGGCUUUUCUAGCUACCAAAUGAGCUACCCUAUUGUUCUCCCGACCUACAAAGCGCACACUAAAACCAGAUUGAGUACGAAAGUAAUGAACAAUCUCUUCCAGAACAACACCCAACCUGCUAUCUCUCGUAUCAGCUUGAUUAAUUUUGUCAAUAACCACCUUCGCAUCGCCCUCAAAGCGGACCUCCGACAAGCUUUGCUCCAAACACCAAAUAAUAGCUUCCCUAAGCACAAACAAUUCCACCAUCCCUGGGUCAUCCAAUUGAGAAAACUGGACCCCUCUAGCCAGCAGAAUCCUCCUCUCUGGGUCAAAGAGAACCAUCCCACCAGCCGAAUGCGAUCCACACCUAGUAGCCCCGUCCCACAUUUGAAAAUAUAUACUUUGUUCUUCUCGUAAUAGGUUCCUCUCGAAUAUGAGCGAAGAGUUGUAAAGUAGGAAUGGAUUCUGAGAUGUUCAGAACUGCUUAUAUUUUUGUUUAUAAACCUCAAUUAGAUCGUUGAUAUACGACUUCCGAUUUGGUUGGAAGGUUAUCAGCCUCUGAAUUAUUCUACGUGAUUCCUAGAAGUGGGUGCUACUUUGCCAAUUGCUAUCCAGGUUCAUAGUUGGACAAAUAUGUGAGCGAAAUGACAACUUAGAAUAAAAGGAAAGGAGAACCACAAGGGCUAAGAUCAGGUAAUUAAGGGGGUUCGCUUAGUUAUAUGACUAAGUGCAUCUCAACCAUCCAUUCUCAUUUAAAUCUAAUGGUUCGAGAUAAUUUUAUUUAAUGAAAGUUAAUAUAGUAAUUACAUGGAUUUUUAAUUUUCAAUUAUUAAAUAAUAAAAAAAUUCUUCUAGGUUUCUGUCGCCUACUUACCAUCGGCUGGGAAAUUUCCAAUGUCCCCGUACUGUCUCUUCUCGCUGGCAAUGAUCCGGCGUCCCGGUAAUUUUUGGCGGUGGUCCAUUUGUUGGGCAAUUUCCCCCCUUCCAUGAAGCUCUUGAGAGCAAAGUUGUUAGCCUGGUUUGGCCUAUUGACCCAAUUGAGCAAGUGGGUGGAGGGUUAAUGUAAUGAUUGGAUUAGCCCGGUUUAACCUGGAUUAGCCCGAACUUGUAGGAGAAACUAUGGAAAACCCAUAUUUUAUAUAUUAUAUUUAGACAUCAAUUCAAAUACUAAAAAAAAUAGUCAAGCUAAGUAUAUUUCUUAAAUACUGGUUCAACUAGUUUGACCAUUUUACGGAAGUUUAUCCCAUCUUCUAAAUAAAUAUACAUACAAUACAACUAGUAGAGGUGACAAUUCACAAUCCAAUCCACCAAUCCAAUCCAUCAAUCCAUUAAAAAUAUUCACCUAAUCAAACCGGGUCGACUCGUGGGUUGACAACCUUGCCACAGAGAGCGCUUUUAGGUCGAUUCUUUCGGCGACGGUGUAGGAGGCUUUCCAGCGACACAGACGACGGAGGAGGAUUUUCCGUUCGUGAUGUUUGUCAACCUAUUUUGUAAUGUUAAUAAGUCUAGUGUGUAAUAUUUAUAUCAAUUCGGUUUGUAUCAUUUAUCAUUCUAUUUUGUUAUUUUUGUCUAUUGUGUUUGCAAUAUUUAUAUGAGUAAUUUGUAUAUAUUUUGAUUAUAAUAUUUGUUAGUCUUGUUUGUAUACUUUAUGUUACGAUUUUUAUAUUUUGUAUUCAUUGAUUUGUAAUACAAUUUUACUAAUAUGUAUUGUAAGUAGUGUUAUUUUCUACUGUUAGUAUGCUUUGUAAUAUUUUUUGGUUUAUUUUAUAAUUUUUGUAAGCUUUGUUAUUUUUGUAAUGUUUGUGGGUUUCUUUUAUAAUGUUUGACAUUUUUUUGUCAACCAUGUUUGUAAUGUUAUUUAUGUUUAAAAAAUAACCUCGUUGAUUUUUGGAUGAAACUCCUUUAUAUAGAGAUGGAGCCGCCAAAGUCAACCCGGAUGUUUUUCUAUUUUGUAUGGCUUGUCCGUCUAGUUUGUCAUUUUUGUCAACCAUGUUUGUAAUGUUUGUAUGUAAAAAACAAACGGGUUGACUUUGGGUCGAAACCCCUCUACAUAGGGAUGGAGUCUCCAAAGUCAACCCGGUUGUUUUUUCAUUUUGUAUUGUUUGUCGGUCUAGUUUGUAUUGUUAGUUUAGUUUAUAUGUUUUGUAUUGUUUGUAAAUCUAUUUGUAUGUUUUGUCGUUUUAGUUUGUAAUGUCUGUAUAUUUGUAUUGUUUAUACUGUUUAUAAGUCCCGUUUGUAUACUUCUUAAAUCUUCAUAAUACCCAAAAUACCCUGUCACUUAUUAAAAAACCCUUUCCAUUGUUUAACCGUUAUAUUAAGGCAAAAUACAUCUUGAUAGCCAAAACUUUGACGAUUUUGCCAAAUAUAGCAACUUUUGGCGAAAUACCAAAGAUAGCCAGAAUUUUGAAAGUUUCAUGACAAAUAUAGCCAUUUCCGUUACAAACCUUAACGGUGUUAAAAACUCCGUCAGUUAAGUUAGCGUUAAGUUGACUAGGAUGCCAAAUCAUCACACACGUCAGUGACAAGUCAUCAAUAUCAUUGCCACAUCAUUUUGAUUUAUCUUUUAUUAAUUAAGUUACAUAAAAAAUCAUAAAAAAGAAAAACAAUGACUAGUUCUUUGCUUUUCUCGUAUCCAUCAACGAACAAGAAAUAAUGAUUCCGCUUUGUUCUUCCUAGAAAUCCUUUUCUCUCUUUAGUAUCAUCUUCUUUCUAUCUUCAAAAAUGCCCAGACCAUAAUCAAAUCUAGCCCCAAUUCUCCUUCUCUCUAUCUUAAAAAAUGCCCAAAGUUAUGCAUUUGAGAGACGAAACCACCAUUAAGUCUAAGGUUUAAUUUCUCUUUCUUAUUUGUUUUUUCUUAGCUAGCCUCCCUUGUCUAUCAUAUCCUCUGUUUCUCCAAACUCCUUACAGCCACCCAACUAAAUGACUAAUAACCUUUUCCAUGGUAAUCACAGAUUCUAACCAGAAUCAAAUCCAUCCCCGAUUCUUGACCACUCCCUGCCUCGCCGCCUAUGAUAGACUAGCCGCAAAUGGAGAAGCUCCGACGACGACUACGGCAGGUUGCAAAUCUGGUCUCAAUCAAAGACGGUAGACGAUUUGGGUUUAUCGAGCAUCAUGUAAGGAUUGGGAACCUAGAAGGGAGGACACAAUUAGGGGAGGAAUAAGAAAGCGAUUGAUGGAUGAAAGUAGAACUAGGUUCAAAAUGGUUCAAAAUGGAGGAAGAAGAAAAGAAUGCAGUCAAAUCGAUUUUUAUGGCGGUCGCGAUGUUGCUUUAUUUGCCUCAUCCUUCUCUUUGCUUCUGUCGCUGUCGAUGGAUCUUGAAACGAGGAAGAAAAGAAAGAAGGGCGGCGCUGGUUUCUGUGCAUAGCAACUACGAUCGCCGCAAAGAGAAACAGAAAUAACGGCUGUCUCGAUGGUCGCCUCCCUGCCCGUCGUUGAAGCUGCUGAUCUUGAUUUGGAAGAACUCGGAUUUGAAGAAGAUGAUUUGUUGAACAAGAGAUUCCUCUUGGCAAGGGGAAGGAGAAGGAAAAGAGAUGGGACAGAUCUUACAAAAAAAAAAAAAAGAAGAGAGAGAUGAGAGAAAAUUAAAAAUAUUUAUUUAA